CACAUUGAUUAAAAAAAGCAGAUAACAAUGGUGACAGACGUACAGCUGGCCAUCUUUGCAAACAUGCUCGGCGUGUCGCUGUUUCUGCUGGUUGUCUUGUACCACUACGUGGCCGUUAACAACCCCAAAAAGCAGGACUAGUCCAGGACAUGGCGAGAUGUUGGAAUCACCACCACCCAGGAAAAGAAUACAUUCCCUCUCCUUAAAAUGAUUUCCCAAAGAUUGUGCAGUAGUUUGUUUUCUAAUUAAAAUAUACAAACAUGUGCUAUUGUGACAGUGAUUUGUGUACGCGUGCCAUACAAGACCAUACACAACAUCAAAAAUGACGACCCAAAGUUGGCCUUUACAAAAUAUUUUUAUGGAAUAUUAAACACUUAUGGUCCACAGGGCAAUUAUACUUACAGUCGUGUUUGUACUCAACCAUGAAACAUCUUCACAUUUAGUCACAAGACAAAAAGUGACUUUAAAUUCAUAGCAAACAUAUUGGCAACAAAAGACACAACCUGGAGAAUAAGAUACAUAAGUGAGGUGGACAAGGUGCUAUGGUGCUCAUCAGUCAGAAUAAAAUAGAAUGGAGGCGGGGUGAUGUUGAUAUGAGGGUGUCAGUUUAGUAUUUUGGGAGGUGAAGCAGUCGAACAGAAAACAACCGCAACAACAAGAUAGUAUUGUCUUGCUGCUUGCUUAUGUUCUCUUUAGUGAAGGCACUUAAGCCUCUAGCAACAAGAAGUGCAUACCUGAAGCACAUUUAUUGAAUACAAAUAAUGUACUCUACUUUAAUCCCCUGGGUACUUCUUUAGCACAAUUUAAUGUUGAAAUGUUUAAAAAAAAAAAAAAAGUGUCUCUCAUACAUAUCGUU